AUGGCGCGACGGUACGAGAUCGAUGAGCUCUUAUGGCUCCGCGGCUCGCCCCUUAUCGCAAAGCCAUCUGGCCUACCUCCGAUCGAAGAAUGGAUGCCACUACCUGACCCAACAACUACCCAACGCAAACAAACCCCUCGUGAUCCUAACAAUCCCACCGAACCUGGCUCGGGCAGAAGAUCAAGCAUACUUGAAGCCAAGCAUAUCUCUCGAGGAUCCAACUCUGAGGACAUUGUGCUUGGGCCCCCGAAAGUUGCUUUCGCAUCAUCUCGAAUUGGCGGGAAAGGCUCUCUCGAUCUAAACGACCGACCAGUGCGGACCACCGAUUCGGAUGACACCAAGAACGACCGAUUCAAUUUCAGAGAUAGAUUCUUCAAAGACAGAGAUGGGGUCGAGAAGGAUUUGGAUCGUCGCGAUGGGAAACCGGCUCCUUUGAAUGGUCGGCGUGGCGAGAAAGAAGACUGGAAUGCCGGGCGGCCGCGUCGCACAUUUGGUCCCGAAGACCAGGAGCGCAAGCCCCGACGAAACGGCGAGUUUGAUCGAUGGGAUCAAAAGGAAGGGGCCCGUGAGCCCAAUGCCGAACGGGGAACUCUCCCCAAGGAUGGCCGAUUCCCCACUCGAAAGGAGGGACAACCCCCGAGAUCCAAAUAUGAAGGAAGCUGGUUCCGCGAUGAACACAACCAGGAUGGCAUUGAAGCUGAUGAUGAUAAGCCACCUCUGCGAAACCGUGAAUGGCGUCAGAACCAAACCCGACACGGCACCGAGCGUGAGUGGAAUAGGGGUGCCAAAUUUGAGCAAGAGCCUGAAUGGUUGGAUGGCAAUGAGCGAGAUGAGCCGCGGCGCGCGCACACACAGGAAGACUUUGAACGUUGGAAAGAGCGCAUGAAGGCUGGAUCUGGGUCCGCACAACCUUCAGCCGGCGCUGAAGAGAAGAGAGAUGCUCCUGCCGAAGCGCAAAAGCCUGAGACUCGACGCACCGAUGGUGAAAUUUUCAGCAACUCCGGCGCCCAAUUUAUGUCGGACAAUUCCAUGGAAAGAUUCUUCGGCCUCCUGGGCGAUGCGAAAUCUCAACCUCAAAUUCCAGAGGCUAACACGCCGAAUUCUGCCGAUUCUGUCCCGAAACAAGACGCUUUUCCCUUGCCCGGAAAGCCGGGCAAAUCCUCUCGCUUCGCGGGCUUGUUCAGCCCCAUGCCCGAGAGCCCUGCUAGAGAGCCUGAGCCUCUUCCUUAUUUCAAUGCUCAGCCCCCACCUCAACACCACUCCCAGCACCAACAGCCUCCACUUCAGCAAGCUCAACCACAAGCUCCGCAAUUACCUGAGGGCUUUGCCUUCCCAACCCACAGCGCUGACCAAGAAGGUUUCCAGCGCAUUUUGCAGAUGCUUGGUGGGCAACGGUCCCAGAAUGGCACUCCAAACGAGGGAGGCCUACCUCAACAACAUCGCCCUCCUCCCAUGAUGCAUGCUGAGCAGCAUCGCGCUGGCUUAUCCUCUCCUCCAAGAGAGCCCUCUCACCGACCUGAUUACAUGGGCAUCAGCCCGGAUAGUCCUAUGGCUCAACAGGCCGGGAAGGAUCAGUCCUUCGAGCGAGCUCACCUUCUCCGGUUGAUGCAGCAGGUCCGAGUUGGUCCGUCGCCUGCUGGCAACCCACAAUCUCCUGGCGGCGGUAUUGCUCCUCCACCCGGGUUAAUGCCCGAAGGUAUGCCUCGUCCCCCACCAGGGCUAUCUGGCCAAAAAGUACCACCUUUCCUUGAUGAUCCAGCAAUUGCCAACAUGCAACGGCCAGAUAACCAGCAACUGCGCCGCGGACCUGGCAACGGCCCUCCAAUGGGAUACUUUGACGAUCUUCCUUUCCCUCAGGGCAACCAAGGCCCUAUGACCCCAGGCGGUCCCAUGACUCCCGGAGGCUCUCGCCCUCAAGGCCCAAACCAGCCUCCUAUGCCUCUUCAACGCCCGCCAGGUCUUGAUCAUCUCCCCCCUCCUGGCUGGACAGGUCAGCCUGUCCCCCAGCAGGGCAACGCGCAGAGCCCAAUGGGCCCCCCUCCUGGGAUUCCCACACCAGGCCGUGGGAUGAACCCGAACUUCCCACCCGGCAUGCUCCCCAUGCCCGGCAACCCGCCUCCCAUCAAUGAGCGUCAAGCCUUCCCCCGUGGCCCGCCUCCCGGCAUGAUGCCACCUCCGGGCUACAUGAAUGGCCCCCCUCCAGGCUUCCCACCCAUGCCUCCCAACCCCGAGGCCAUGAUGGGUCUCGGCCCCGGCUCCCAGGGCCCCUUCGGUCCAGGCAAUCCUGGCCCAGGGGGACCACCUUCGUCCCGACACCUUCUUGAAAUGUUCGGUCAGUCCAACGGUGAUCCUCGUGGGGGCAUGGUCCCUGGUCAAUUCAGGUAA